UUUAGAAGUCGAUAGGCAUAAACGAAAAUUUCCAAGCAACUAAAUAAACUCUUUUUUUCCUUGUCUAAAACUACCAAGAUGGUGAGCCUGACAACGAUUGUGAUUACUGGCCUGCUCCACAUGCUACGCAUUUCCUUUUUCGUGGCCCAGUGGAAGGGCAAGUGCUCGCCGGCUCCUUCAAUUGGUGGUUACAUCUUUCUGGUGGCCAUCCUUCUGCUGUUCUGGGACUCUGACAUGAUUCCCAGGAAAUUUAAGAAGUAUUCACCAAGGAUUUUCGCUUGCGGCGAUCUCGUACUCACGAUCUUCUUCACCGAACUACUUCUGCUGAUUGGAUGGUGUGGCUACGAGAGGAUCACCCAUCGGACUCUGUUAAUUCUGUGCCACGGGAGGACGUGGUGCAUUUAUGGGCUUCUGACUUUUACCAGCAUUUUGGGGGCCAUUGCAUCGCUGGGCAUUGUGAUUGAGGUGGUGUGUCCUGUCCAAAUGAAGGUUUCGGUGGCUAAGGUCCUUUCCGGACUGUCCAUUCCCCAGGGAGCCUGCUCCGUGUUCGACUACAUCCAGGAUGUGCGCACCUACGUGAUGGGCUUCGUCUGGUUCUCCCAACUGACUCGGGAGGAACGUCUGCUCUCAGUUCGAGCCUUUGAGAUGCAAGUGCUGCGCUCGAAGGCUUCGCAGAUGGAAAGGCCGGACGAGCCUGCUGGCCAGCAGGAAAAUCAAGUGGACGGAGGCGGGGGAAAACCGGAAGACGAGAAUCAAAAGCCACCGGAACCGGAGAUCGUCCAAGAGUUGUCGCCGUGAAUUGUUUAUUAUUUAUACAAAUUUAUGCCAACAGCUGUUGCUAUCGCCGGCCUUA